GAAGUGUUCUGUGAGAAAGAGUAGCUCAGGGAGAGAUUUUCCUGAGGAAAACUCCCUUUUCGCCUGUUAUUCGUCAUCCUGCAGGCGUUGAAGGCCAAAAAUCCCGCGCCUUCCAGAAAGUCAGCGUUUCUUCCAGCCACUUUCCAGCAGAGUUCGUCGUAACCUCAAAGUUUGACAGUGAAAUUUCAUGUGAUGUCGCAUCGCUGAGCAAUUUGCAUAUUGAGCCGCUAUUGUGUGAUUUUCUCGCUUAAUUGACAUCGAUAGCAAGUCAAUUAGGGGUGUGGCUGUAGCGGAACGGUCCAGGUGAGCGAAAGUGCGUGCGAAAUGGGCCAAAAAGUCUCCCGGUCGGACUUUGAGUGGGUGUACACGGAGGAGCCCCACGCCAGCCGACGCAAAUUGAUGCUGGAAAAGUACCCACAGAUCAAGAAGCUCUUCGGCUAUGAUCCCAAGUUCAAGUACGUGGCCGGCAGUAUGGUGAUGAUGCAGAUGAUCAUGCUGUUCGUGAUGAAGGACUGCUCCUGGCCGACAAUCAUCCUCACGGCGUACUGCUUCGGCGGCGUGAUCAAUCACUCGCUGAUGCUGGCUGUGCACGAGAUAUCUCACAAUCUGGCCUUCGGACACGCCCGCCCCAUGGCCAACCGGAUGCUGGGCUUCUUCUGCAACCUGCCCAUCGGGCUGCCCAUGUCGAUAUCCUUCAAGAAGUACCACCUGGAGCACCACCGCUACCAGGGCGACGAGGUGGCCGACACGGACAUCCCCACAUACCUGGAGGCGAAGCUCUUCUGCACGACCUUCGGGAAAUUCUGCUGGGUGUGUCUGCAGCCCUUCUUCUACAUCUUCCGGCCGCUCAUUGUGAACCCGAAGCCGCCGACGCAGCUGGAGCUCAUCAACACUGUCAUCCAGCUGACCUUCGACGCCCUCGUGGUGUACUUCUUCGGCUGGAAGGUGAUGGCCUACCUGGUGAUCGGCUCCAUCCUGGCGAUGGGCCUCCACCCAGUCGCCGGUCACUUCAUCAGCGAGCACUACAUGUUCGCCAAGGGUUUCGAGACGUACUCCUACUACGGGCCGCUCAACUGGAUCACCUUCAAUGUGGGCUACCACAAUGAGCACCACGAUUUCCCUGCCAUUCCCGGAAGCCGGCUGCCGGAGGUGCGCAAGAUCGCGCCGGAGUUCUACGACAACAUGCCGCAGCACUCGUCCUGGGUGAAGGUCCUGUACGACUUCGUCACGGAUCCGGCCGUGGGGCCGUACGCGCGCAUCAAGCGCAAGUCACGAGGACUCGACUCACCCUAAGACAGUACACACACACGCGCGCGCGAAGAUGAAAGGGAAGGUGUUAAAGAUGUGCAUGUGGAACAGGAAGUGACAAAUAUUGGCGCGGCAAUGCGCUAAGUAAUGCAAUUUUCACACUUAUUCAACCUCUAAUUGGGUGAUUUUCUGAGACACUGACUUCGCACACGCUGAUAAGGUCGUGACGGUGUGAUAAAUGAGCACGUGGCGAUGGAAAAUCCUCCCCUUGACAGAGGACCUCAAAUCUAGUCGAUGAGGCGAGAGAAAGAGUCCCGCCGCAAAAAAUAGCGAUUAAUUUAAUGAAUUUACUAUCUGAAAUCCCACUUUGCCAAUCUCUCGAUUGAGCGCAUUCUGGCGCGAUUGCAAUCUCUGCCGUGUGUGCAUAAAUGUGUCAAGCCUGGAGGGCGUGAAGAUAAAUUGAAAAUGUUCAAUUGUAAAUAUCAUUCGAUAAAAGGGGGGUUUGAUAAAACCCAUUGAAGAGGAAGAGAUGUGCGCUCAAUGGAGCUGUUAGAUUGUAAAGUAUCAAUUUAAUUAUAAUUUAGCCUGUCAUCCUCGAAGCGAGGACGCCUGAAUGGCAAUUGCGUACGCAUUGCAUAUUAAUUGAUUUCGAUUCACUGCUGAAAUUUCACAUUAUCUCACAUUAAUUUUAUCUGGCGCACUUUUUUCAAUUGCGCUCUUCUCGUGUGAGAGCAUUUCAGAAGAGGCUGAGCUCGCAAAUUGCCAGAGAUGGAGUGACAGCAAGAUGUUGAGUUAAAUGAAGAAGUUAUAGAUUCUGUUCCACAUGUAAAAUGUAAUAUAUUUUUACAUUACGCUGUAUAAUCUGUAUUGGAUGAAUAUAAUGAAGUUGACAAGAUUAUUAUGUAACUUUUCACACCUAUAAUAAAGUGUAUUUUUGUCAAUAUUGUACAAUAGAUACUUCUCUGUUGAAUGUAUU